CCAGAUGACCCAGAUGACCUGCCCCACGUCCAGUAUGCCGCUCCGCACUAUACUACGGCACUACUGUGUUGGUGAUGCUUCUCAUCUGUAAAAUUGAUGGUCGAUGUUUUGUUGCAAUUCCAUCAAUUGUUAGAACUAGAUAUCGACUAGAAGAUUUAGAACACCUUGAAUGAGUUUCCAAAGUCCAAUUACAAGAAUUCUUGCGCCAUGUCUGAUUCGGGUGGUCGGAAAACGCUGAUACAUCUGUCCAGUGGUUGCGUUGCUGGGACUGUGGCAUCAAGCCUGACUUCACCUCUGGACGUUGUGAAAACUCGCAUGCAGACGUCCAGUUGUGGAGUGUUCACUUCGACUGCCCCUCGACCAACUGCAGUAGCAGUGCCUUCCCUAUCUAUGGUGUUGCCACGACCCCUGUCUUUGCUGAGGAAUAUAGUGCGGUCAGAAGGAUUCUCAGCAUUGUACAAGGGACUUGGCCCAACCCUAGUUGGCAUUGCUCCUGCAAGGGCUAUCUACUUUGCGUCGUACUCUAAUUUAAAACUGCUGUGCAACUCCCACGCGUGUCCGAAUACAUGGAAGGUGCACUUACUGUCCGCACUGGGAGCUGGGUUGAUUGUGUCGACAUCCACGUCUCCCAUAUGGGUGGUCAAGACUCGCCUACAGGUCCACCAAGGCAGUGGCACAUCUCGACAGACCGCAGCUGGGUGUGCGAGGGAGUUGUAUGCUGACAACGGACUAAGGAGUUUUUAUCGGGGCUUGACUGCAUCCUAUGCUGGUGUGUGCGAGACCGCAUUUUACUUUGUCAUGUACGAGCACCUGAAGAAGCGCAAGCGGCUACAGAAUGGCAGUGAAGACAGCGACCUUUCUGCCUCUCAGUUGAUCCAGUGCACUGUUAUGGCGAAGUCGGUAGCCGCUGUAAUGGCCUAUCCACACGAGGUAGUCAGGACACGUCUGCGUAUCGAAGUAGGAAAGAAUCGCAAGUACCGGAAAUUUUUCCAGACACUGUUUGUUGUUUGGAAGGAAGAGCGAGCAGCUGGGCUGUAUGGUGGUCUCUCAGCGCAUCUGUGUCGCGUUGUUCCCAACACUGCGAUAAUGUUCCUGGUCUAUGAACAUGCGGUCCGGUGGUUGGGAGCAGAAUAAGACUGGAUAGUUGACCAUGUUGCCCUGCAGGCCCUGUUAACCCUGUUAACCCUCACUAACCACUGCACAUGAUCUGUACUCUCGCUGCUGCCACGUAGUUGUGUGUGUGUGUGUGUGCGUGUGUGUGCGUGUGUGUCUCUUUCUCUCUUGGCAUUUAUGCAUGUGAAUAUGUGCCGUGUGUUCUGUCUUGUCUUCUCUAUAGCUUGUCUCUGUGUUUAUUCAGAUGUACACAAAUAUCACACAUUCUCUCUAGGCAUCAUCACUGCUGGUUUUCAGUGUGCAUGCUAUUCUUCUUUUCAUCAAACAUUCUGGACAACUAUUUAUCCUACUACUGGCCUCAGCACGUCUCUGUUUUCAAAUCUGUUGACAGAGAGUGCCAUUGAUAGGAAUAUCAUUUAUCUCCAUGUCUGCGGCAUGGUUUGGUUGUCACUGUCCUCUUUUUUUCUUCUUCUUUUUUUGCUUGUAUUCUGGUGCUUUGUAGAGCGCACAGAGAGGGCAUGGCUGGACCAGUGCUCUCUCCCUCUCUUUCUUUUGUUUGUUUGACAGACUGUUGCCUCUCUGCUUUAGCUCGUGCAUUUUGGAGAUAUGCUGCUGUAUAGCUCAGCGGUUUCUGUUAGCCGUUAUCUGUAUGCUUGAGUCUAUGCUAAUACAAUCAUGCACUGUAUAAUGUUUUGUUUGUCUGUCGGCGCGAUUUGCCCCGGUUCAUUAUCGAUUAUGAUCUAACAGCAGUAUACACUGCUGCGCUGUUUAGUCACCUACACCUGUGCUUGUGGUUACAAUUAUUGGUUUCAAUGGUGUGCUCUCA